GGCGGGGCGAAAUGGAAGGCAGAGAGCGGAAGGGGCACGGGAGACAGGAAGAUGUAACCAUUGGAGUGUGUUGAACACUGGUGAUCGUCCUCCGUGUUGCAUAAUUAAGUUGUGCCGGGGUUGAUGAAAUGAGUGAAAGUAAAUCCCAAGCAGUUGAUGUUCCAUCCACCCAGACUGAAGCGGCUGUCAAACCUUUACCGUUUAAGCAACCGAAUUUUCAGCAUUCAGGUAUUGGAGGAGCUGCAGCUGGCAAGAAGAACAGGACCUGGAAGAACCUGAAACAAAUUCUUGCUUUGGAAAGGGCAUUACCAUGGCAACUAAAUGAUCCAAGCUAUUUCAGUAUUGACGCUCCUCCUUCAUGCAAGCCCGCAAAGAAAUACUCUGACAUCUCAGGGCUUCCUGCCAAUUACACAGACCCACAAAGCAAGUUAAGAUUCAGCACAAUUGAAGAAUUCAAUUACAUCAGGAUGCUGCCUUCAGAUGUUGUCACUGGGUAUUUGACUCUGCGAAAAGCAGCAAGCAUUGUAACGUAGCAGACUGUGAUAUGGUCAAGUGAAACAUGGCACAGUGAUCAAUUUCAAUUCAGUUCUCAUAUGUUUAUAUAUGUACUAUAUAUGUAUACUUUUUUACACAUUUUUACAUGCUCAUUUGUUAAAUGUAUUGCAUA